AUGACAAAUAAACAAAAGCUGUCAAACAAAAAAGAAGUAGAUAAAGUUAAAGCAUAUCUUGAUUGUAGAUAUAUUUCAGCAUGUGAAGCUGCUUGGAGAAUCUUCAAGUUUGACAUACACUAUCGAGUUCCAUCUAUUGAAAUAUUGCCUUUUCAUUGCGAAGAUGGUCAGGCUAUUGUUUAUGAUGAUAAUUCAAACUUGUGUAACGUGGUCAGUAACCUAACUGUGAAAAUGACUAUGUUCACAGAAUGGAUGAAAUGUAACCAAAUGGAUCCAUUUGCUAGAAUAUUGAAGUAUAUAGAGUUUCCCAGAUACUUUGUAUGGAUACGCAAAGAACGAAAGUGGAUGCGUAGAAAAAAACCUUUUGGUGCAGUUGGACCAGUGAGUUUUGAUGAUAUAAGAACAGUUGAUGGAAAAAUUUACGAUACCUUUAAAGAUGCAUGUUUCGCUCGCGGUCUGUUGGACGAUGAUAAUGAGUAUAUAGUUGUCGUCACGGAAGCCCGGUCAUUUCUGGACACAAACAAAAAUAUCAGCAACGGAGAAUGGAGAAUUACUGGUAUUCCUGAUCUGCUUCUUCCAGAGGAAGAGAUUGAAAACAUUUGCUUAUCACAUAUCGAAAAAUUGUUACUUGCUUAUGGAAGUACGUUAGGCAACUUUUCUGACAUGCCAAAUGUUCCUGACAACUACAUUUCAGCAUUGAACAACCAAAUGAUAAUGAAAGAACUUUCGUAUGAUUGGGCUAACUUAAAAAAAGAACUUUCAUCUUAUUUAAAAUCUUUAACUGAUGAACAGCUUAAAGUGUGUGAAACCGUCAUGAAUGCAGUUGCUAAAGGAAAUGGAGGUGUUUUCUUUGUAUAUGGUUACGGUGGAACUGAUGGCGGUAGAACGGCUCAUUCCAGGUUUGUAAUUCCGAUAAACGUUAACAAGGAUUCCAUAUGUUCUAUAGAACCGAACAGUGAGCUAGGAGGAUUAAUAAAAGAAACUAAGAUGAUAAUUUGGGAUGAAGCACCAAUGACACAUAAGCAUUGUUUUGAAGCUCUGGAUAGAACAAUGAGAGAUAUAACACGUUCCAAUAAUCCAUCCUUGCAAAGCAAACCUUUUGGUGGAAAGAUAGUUCUUUUUGGCGGUGAUUUUAGACAAAUCCUUCCUGUCAUUCCAAAAGGUACCAGAAGCAUGAUUUUUGGUAAAAAACCAAGUAAUCUUCACGAGAUCAAGGAAUUUGCUGAAUGGAUUUUACAGCUUGGUGAUGGUCUACUUGGUGGUCCAAAUGAUGGAGAGGUGGAAAUUGAAAUUCCAGAUGAUCUACUUAUACUCGAUCAAGUCAAUCCUAUAUCUUCAUUGAUCUCAUUCACAUAUCCGGAUAUGCAAAAGUUUUUGUGGGAUUCAAAUUACUUCCAACAAAGAGCCAUUCUUGCUCCCACAAAUGAAGUUGUUGAUUCAAUAAAUACAGAAUUGUUAAAUAGUAUGGCUGGUGAAGAGAAGAUAUAUUUCAGUUCUGAUAGUUUAAGUGAGUGUGAGCAACAAACCGACCUUAACAUGGCAUUAUUUCCUCCGGAUGUGUUAAACAAAUUGCAUUUGUCAGGAUUACCUAACCAUAAAUUGGUUCUCAAAGUUGGAGCUCCAGUAAUGUUAUUUAGAAACAUUGAUCAAACAAAUGGUCUGUGUAAUGGUACACGUAUUCAAGUAACAAAACUUGGAAAACGUGUAAUCGAAGCAAAGAUUAUUACCGGAAAUAAUACAGGUCAUCAUACUUUAAUUUCAAGAUUGAAAAUGACACCAUCCGAUAAAAGAUUACCGGUGAAAAUUGCACGAAGACAGUUCCCACUAUCUCUAUGCUUUGCAAUGACAAUCAACAAGAGCCAGGGACAAUCACUUGAAUGUGUUGGCCUAUAUCUCCCACGUCCGGUGUUUAGUCACGGACAACUAUAUGUUGUUGUUUCUCGAGUAAAGAGUAGGAAUGGUUUAAAAAUCUUGAUGUGUGACGGCAAAAAACAAGUGUGUAAAACCACAACUAACGUGGUCUACAAAGAAGUUCUUCAAAACCUAUAG